UGCGCCCCCCACCCCCUCCUGGCACAGCUCUUUCGCCCUGGCUGCAGCCGGGAGGAGGCGUCGGCCAGUGCACCGCAGGCCCCGCCCGCCCACGGCCCUUCCCGGGAGGCCGGGAGACCCACUCCUCCCGGCCCUCGGUGGGUGAGUGCGACCGGCGGGCGGCGGGUGGGGCCUCCGCGGGCGGAGGCACCGGGAGCGGGGACGACGCCUGUCAUCACUCCAGGCCCAGCGGGAGGACGCGCCAACAUCCCCGCUGCUGCGCAGGGCCCGGGGCGUGCCCGCCGCGGCUCCUACCUCUGGGCCCGGCUGGGGCCGCCUGGGGGCUCUGUUCCUCGGCAUUGCGGGGCCUGGCGGGCAGAGCUGCGGAGGGGGCUCCUUCUCCCCGAGGGCAGCGUCUUGGGGCCCGGCCGCUGGCUGACCCGUGGUGGCUCCGGCCAUGCCCGGCUGGCCCUGGGAGCUGCUGCUAACGGCAGGUACUCUCUCCGCCGCCCUGAGCCCGGGACCGCCGGCGCCCGCCGACCCCUGCCACGAUGAGGGGGGCGCUCCCCGGAGCUGCGUGCCGGGCCUGGUGAACGCCGCCCUGGGCCGCGAGGUGCUGGCGUCCAGCACGUGCGGGCGGCCGGCCACUCGGGCCUGCGACGCCUCCGACCCGCGACGGGCACACCCCCCCGCUCUCCUGACCUCCGCAGGGGGCACGGCCAGCCCUCUGUGCUGGCGUUCAGAGUCGCUGCCUCGGGCACCUCUCAACGUGACUCUCACGGUGCCACUCGGCAAGGCUUUCGAGCUGGUCUUCGUGAGCCUGCGCUUCUGCUCAGCUCCCCCAGCCUCCGUGGCCCUGCUCAAGUCGCAGGACCAUGGCCGCAGCUGGGCCCCGCUGGGCUUCUUCUCCUCUCACUGUGGCCUGGACUAUGGCCGCCUGCCUGCCCCUGCUAUUGGCCCAGCUGGUCCAGGGCCUGAGGCCCUGUGCUUCCCGGCACCCCAGGCCCAGCCUGAUGGCAGCGGCCUUCUGGCCUUCAGCGUGCAGGACAGCAGCCCACCAGGCCUCGACCUGGACAGCAGUCCAGUGCUCCAAGACUGGGUGACUGCCACCGACAUCCGCAUAGUACUCACAAGGCCUAGUGCGGUGGGCAACCCCAGGGACUCGGAGGCCCUCUCUUACUCCUAUGCAGCCACCGACCUCCAGGUGGGCGGGCGCUGCAAGUGCAAUGGACAUGCCUCACGGUGCCUGCUGGACGCGCAGGGCCACCUGAUCUGCGACUGUCGGCACGGCACCGAGGGCCCCGACUGCGGCCGCUGUAAGCCCUUCUACUGCGACAGGCCAUGGCAGCGGGCCACAGCCCGGGAACCCCACGCCUGCCUCGCUUGCUCCUGCAACGGCCACGCCCGCCGCUGCCGCUUCAACAUGGAGCUGUACCGACUGUCCGGCCGCCGCAGCGGGGGUGUCUGCCUCAACUGCCGGCACAACACCGCCGGCCGCCACUGCCACUACUGCCGGGAGGGCUUCUAUCGAGACCCUGGCCGCGCCCUGAGUGACCGUCGGGUUUGCAGGGCCUGCGACUGUCACCCCGUUGGUGCUGCUGGCAAGACCUGCAACCAGACCACAGGCCAGUGUCCCUGCAAGGACGGCGUCACCGGCCUCACCUGCAAUCGCUGCGCCCCUGGCUUCCAGCAGAGCCGCUCCCCAGUGGCGCCCUGUGUUAGUGAGUGUGCCUGCCCUGCCUCAGCCACCAAGCCAGAGUCACCCCAGCUUCCUGCUGUUGUCCCCAGUUUGUUCCUGGAGCCCUGCAGAUCUCUCUGCCCCUCCAUCGCAGGCCAUUCUCCCUCCUUCUCCGCAGAGACCCCUAUUCCUGGACCCACUGAGGACAGCAGCCCUGCGCAGCCCCAGGACUGUGACUCGCACUGCAAACCUGCCCGUGGCAGCUACCGCAUCAGCCUGAAGAAGUUCUGCAGGAAGGACUACGCGGUGCAGGUGGCGGUGGGCGCGCGCGGCGAGGCGCGCGGCGCGUGGACGCGCUUCCCAGUGGCGGUGCUCGCCGUGUUCCGGAGCGGAGAGGAGCGCGCGCGGCGCGGGAGCAGCGCGUUGUGGGUGCCCGCGGGGGACGCGGCCUGCGGCUGCCCGCGCCUCCUCCCAGGCCGCCGCUACCUGCUGCUGGGGGGCGGGCCUGGAGCCGCGGCCGGGGGCGCAGGGGGCCGGGGUCCCGGGCUCAGCGCCGCCCGCGGAAGCCUAGUGCUGCCCUGGAGGGACGCGUGGACGCGGCGCCUGCGGAGGCUACAGCGGCGCGAGCGGCGGGGGCGCUGCGGCACGGCCUGAGCCCGCGGGCGGGAGGGGCGGGCGCUGCCCCACAUCCAGGAGCACGUUCACCCUGUGCCUUCGCCUGCCGAGGAUUCCUUGCUCGCAUCGUGCUUGUCGCCACCUGGGCCACCGCCCCGCCCCUCCGGCAGCUCCCUCGAUACCUCCCGUCUGGCCCCGGCGGAUGUGACCGGCGCAGCGACAGCCCGCCCCGCACCGAGGCGGGUGAUACGGCGCCAUGGUCUCCCCCCACCCGGCCGUCGGCCCUGUACCAGGGGCACUGUGAUACCCCGAAGGCUGUGAACCCGUCGUGAUGCCAGGCCCUCUCGGGGGUCUCAGAUCAUCCCCCGGGCCUCGGUGAUGCACCCCGACCCGGGCGGCGACCCGCCAGGGAGCGCGCUAACCUCCCCAAAGACUGUGGCCACUGCAGGCGCCUUGGAGCCCCCUUGGGGGGACAGGGCGUCUCCUGCCUGCUGCAGCCCCGCGCGGGCGGCGGCCUCGGCCCCUGCAGGCUGGGCGUCUGCCGCCGGGUCUCGCAUCUUUCUUGGCCGGCUAUGUCCCCAUCUGCGGGCUCCGUCCGGCCGUCCCUCUCUCUGCCGCGUCUCCCCUGCUCAGGGCCUGUCCCAGGACUCCCUUCCGGCCCUUCUCCCCCGGCUCGGGGCUGGACGUCGCGCCCACGCGGUUCCAGAUCCACGCGUGACCCGGCCGGGCGGAGACUCCGACAGGUGGCUGUCCGAGCCCCCGAUGCCCUAGGCGGGGCCCUGCCACCCUCCCGCCCCGCUUGGCUCGCCCCCUGGGACCACACUGCAGCCGC